UGCUUCGCUUAAGGCUCGUUGCAAAAUCUCAAAACAGUAGACACCCACCACCGCUCACGACGUCGUUCCGCCCUUCCUCUGCAACCCGAGGCAAGCGUCGAAAGGUCGGAGCAGAUCGCCGAUUCGUCGGAACCUCCGGGGAGCAGAGCUCGAGCUUCCGGCAUCCGUACCGACCACGACGGCGAAAAUGGAGGAGAGACAAACGACGAGCUCGAUGGCGCCGGCGACGGCGACGGCGACGGCGGCGAAGCCGAAGACGGGGACGACGAAGCAGAAGCGCGCGCGCUCGGGGUUCUGGAGAUGGCUCGUCGCGUCGGUCGCGUUCCGGCUCGCCCUCGUCUACCUCCCCAGGAACCUCCGCCUGUCCACCCGCCCCGAGGUCGCCACCCCGCUCACCAGCAUUCGCCGCCUUGCCGAAGGCUACUGGUUGAAGCAGUCGGCGAUGUCUCCCUACGCAGGUUCCAUGUAUCACGGUUCUCCUUUGCUGUUGCUCGUUCUCGGACCUCUCGCUGUCAAAAGAAUUGAAGGACAACCAGAGCAUCUUCUAUGCAGUCUUCUUCUUGUGAUUGCAGAUAUUCUCAAUGCAAUGCUUAUUCGUGCAAUUGGUCAGAGUCUGCAGAAGGCAUAUGCCCAGCAUCUGGAAUCUCUGGAUCUUUUCAAUUUGUCAGAAGAAUCAGGGAUGUUACCAUCGGGAGACAUUGCAGCCCUGGUCUAUCUGUGGAACCCUUUCACAAUAGUUGCAUGUGUGGGUCUAUCGACAUCUCCUAUUGAAAAUUUGGCAAUCCUAUUAGCCCUUUUUGGUGCUUGUAAAGGACUGGUUCCCUUGGCAGCUUUUGGAUGGGUCUUGGCUACUCACAUGUCUCUUUAUCCUGCAAUACUUAUAAUUCCAAUUAUUCUCUUCUUGGGGUAUGGUCCAGAUGCUCCUCCUAGAAAAUUGUUGCCGCAAAGGAGCUACAGGACAUGUGGAAGUAGUCCUUCCAGCGAUCAGUAUUGUAAAACAGAGGAUGUGACAGACCUGUUGGAACUCCGAAUUCUCUUCUCAUGGAGACGAGUCACGCAAUUCCUACUCUGGACUUUUAUCUGGGGAAUCUAUUUUUUGUUUCUUUGUGAUAUUUCUGUCAAGCAGUAUGGUGGUCUUUCAGAGAUGUUUAAAAGAACAUACGGUUUCAUUCUUACUGUGAAGGACUUGUCUCCAAAUAUAGGUGUCUUAUGGUACUUCUUUGCUGAAGUCUUUGACUUCUUCAGAGAUUUUUUUCUUAUAGUUUUCCAUGUGAAUAUCUUGUUUAUGAUGCUACCACUUGCCAUACGGCUGAAACACCAACCUGGCUUUCUGGCUUUUGUGUAUCUCGCAAUCUCUUCAAUGUUCAAGUCCUAUCCUUCAAUUGGAGAUUCGGCUCUUUACUUGGGUGUAUUGGCUUUGUUCGUGAAUGAACUGGCAGAGAUGAAGUUCUCUUUCUUCCUCUUCUGUGGAUAUGUUGGAGUGUCUCUCCUUAGCCCUGUCAUGCACAACUUAUGGAUUUGGAGGGGCACUGGCAAUGCAAACUUCUAUUUUGCCACCGCUAUGGCAUAUGCUUGCUUGCAGAUUAUUUUGGUGGUGGAGAGUGUCAGCGCCAUGCUCAACCAUGACAGAAAGUUAAGAAAAUUAACUACAGCGCCGCUAGCUGAUGGCAAAUCUUAGGCCCUUGUUGUGACCGGUGGCAGCUGUUUUUCAACGUUGACGGAUGUUCAACGCUUAAAGAUUCUCAGGAGCAGAGAAGCUGCAAAGGUUUCUGCACAGAUCAAUCCCACAUGUUCGGGCACCUUCUUUCUCUCCCCCCGGCUUGAUGUUUUGGGCUUUUAGUCUUGAUCCUCUUCCAAAAAUUAUAGCUCAUUCCGUGAUGAUGAGUUUUGGGUGGAUGUUGGUUACGACAUUGCACCAAUUUUAUAUCAUCUUCUUAUGUCUAGCUUCAGGGCAUCAUCAUCUAUAGCAGACACGGUCUGCUUGUCGAGUGGAAAAUGCCGGUAUAAAAAAUACGAAAGUUCUUCAUUUCGGCAUAA